AUGAAGUUUAUUGUCCCAUGUAUAGUGGCCGCCAGGCUUGUUUCAGCAGCGGUUGAUAUGACAUCAAUCAACCGCUCACCGAACAGUCGAACAGUCCUAAAUUCCUAUAUCGUUGAGCUUUUCAGGGACAACCAUCUUAAGCGUGGGUUCGCGUCGCCUCAUGAGGAACUCCACCAUGACCUUAGGCGCCGUGGUGCUACCUGGGAGGUUACAAGAGAAUAUUCGGGCAAUAUCCUGACCGGAGCCGCCAUUAAGCUUGCCAGCGAUGCCGACCUUCCCAAGCUUGCAGGCGCAACGAGCGUGGAAUCUAUUACGCCUAUAUACCUACAUCGAGCUCCCAAGCCUGUUUUUCAGCAAGUGAUGCAGGUGACUCCAAAUGGAACGGCGUUCAAUGAGCCAUUUUCAACCCAUGUCAUGACGGGCGUCGACAAACUUCAUGCUGAGGGAUACUUCGGACAGGGAAUUAAAAUUGGCAUUAUUGACAGCGGGAUCGACUAUACACACCCCUACCUUGGCGGCGCAAUGGGUCCUGGCAACAAGGUCAUAGGAGGAUACGACUUUGUUGGGGAUGCUUACACUGGCCUCCAAGAUUCGAUUCCUAUGCCUGACCCCGAUCCCCUCGACCAGUGCAACGGACACGGCACCCACGUUGCAGGUAUCAUUGGCGCCAAUCCGAAUAACCCAUUCAAUAUUUCAGGUGUUGCCCACCAGUCUGAGAUUAACGCUUACCGCGUUCUCGGUUGCGACGGCUCGACUCCAGACGAUAUUGUGAUAGCCGCUCUUCUUCGUGCCCAUGCCGACGGAAAUGAUGUUAUCAACCUUUCCCUUGGCGAAUCUAAUGGCUGGGCCGAGUCUCUUGUUAGUGUUGUCGCCAGUCGAAUUGCACGCGAGGGCCGUAUUGUUACAAUUGCCACAGGCAAUGACGGGGAGUACGGCGCUUGGUAUGCCUCCACUCCAGCUACUGGGGUUGAUGUUAUUUCUGUUGGUUCCGUUGACAAUGUCAUACUUUACCAGCAGAACGCGACAGUCUCCGAUGGACGUAACAUUCCCUACCAAUCUUUUGACGCGCUUAAUAUUCCGAGCGGGCUUCAACUUUAUGCUACUUCCUCCGAUGUCAAUAUUACAGCUGAUGCAUGCGAACCUCUUCCUUCCAACACACCUGAUCUAUCAAAUCGUCUUGUGGUUAUUCGUCGCGGUACUUGCCCGUUCCUCACCAAGGUCAACAAUACUGCGGCCAGGGGUGGGAGGUACUUCUUGGUAUACGACAACAUAGACCAACCAUUAAUUCCCAUUUCGACUGGUCCCUAUCCUGGCGCGCUCAUCAGUCAAGCCGAUGGUAUUUUCCUGAUACAGCAAGCAAUACCUCAAAACCUCACCAUAUCGUUCCCCAACGCGUCUUAUAUCAUUUCAAAUCCGACGGGCGGUCUCGUAUCACCAUUUAGCAGCUACGGCCCUUCGUAUGACAUGUACUUGAAACCUGCAAUUGCUGCUCCUGGAGACAGUAUUCCUUCCACUUGGCCGGUUAGGAUGGGAUCUUGGGCACUUGCUUCUGGUACCUCGAUGGCAUCUCCGUUUGUAGCUGGCGCUGCCGCACUUCUACUGCAGGUUCGAGGGGAGAGUCCAACGACUGCGCAGGCUGCUCGAGCAAUAUUCCAAAACACUGCUAUGCCCGUGAUGCGGAUUGUCAACGCCUCUUUGGCGCCAACUACGGGUCAGCAGGGUGCUGGACUGCUGAACGUAUAUAACGCAAUUAAAAAUACCGGAAGUUUAUUGCCUGCCGAAAUAUUAUUGAACGAUACGGCGUAUUUUCAAGGCACACACACCUUGGUAGUUCGCAACGGUGGGACACAGGACGUUACUUAUAAAUUCAGCCACGUUCCCGCCGGAACUGUGAAUACCAUCGGUGGGAUUCAGCCCUACCUCGGGCCUCUUGGUUUAAUUGACAGCUCUGCAGUUGCUACCAUCGAACCGGCCGAAGUUAUCGUCCCUGCUGGUUCUUCCGCUUCAAUCAACGUUACCCUCAGUUUGCCAACAGCCCUGGAUAAAACCCAGUUCCCGGUCUAUUCUGGAUAUAUAAGGGCUACCGGGUCGGACAACUCGACUCUUCAGUCCACAUACAUUGGUGCUGCUGCCGCCCUCAAAGAUAUGAAAAUCAUUGACAAUACUAAUGCAUACUUUGGUGACGUUCAGAUCCCAGUGGUUGUGAGUGCCUUGGGCGAUCCUGUUCCUUCCAAUGGGUCAGCGGUAUUUACCAUGAGCGCUUCCGACUAUCCUAUCGUUAUUGGUCGUCUCGUUGCUGGUUCUGCGCUUAUCCAAUUUGAUCUCAUUGAUUCUCAACAAAGUCUUACCGCCAAUCAACGUCGCGCCAAGUACGGUGGCGAGAAACAUCCCAUUGAUCUCCGUGCACCUUUGUACAAACGUUCAACCUGGGGUUGGCUUUUCACCAAUAGAUUUCAAACCACCGGGUCAUUCGCUGCUGUCUCGACUCUUGGCACCCUAUUUCAAGAGCGCUAUACCCCUCGUAAUAAUGGUGCUGCAACGGCUGAAGAAGGCGGUUAUUAUGCUAUUCCAAUAAACCAGUAUGCCAACGGAACUACUAUCCCCGAUGGGAGCUAUAGGAUUCUGUUCCGUGCGCUUAAAAUCACCGGAAAUCCCGAACUGGAAGAGGAUUAUGAAACUUGGACUAGUCCAACGAUCAUUGUCAGGCGAAACUAA